UAGUCAUUGCUGAGCGGAGCAGCUGGUUGGUUUGGAGAGAAUUCCACUCCCCCGUGGUUGAAGACCUUUCUUUACGUGACGAUAGGAAGUAGUGUGCAUGCACAUGGCUGAGGGGAAUAGUUAAACAAGUAAUCACCUGGUUGGUAAAACUUGACCAAGCAAUAUGAAACCUCAUGAAACUUCCUAGAAAAAUAAAAUAUGACAUCUGCAAUUGACUUUGGGGAACGACGAGACAAAAUAAUCGAAUGAGACAGAAGGCAGCCUCACUGAAUGUGAAUUAAGUACAGGAACUCACCUUGGUUCAUCAGAGCGUGUAAGAACAGUAGAAAAUCCUGAGAAUAAUAAAUUGCUAUUAGGCGACAGUGAAGCACAUCCAGAGACAACAGAUGAAGUUAAGGAAACGGGACUAAUGACAUUGGCUGGUGAAAACAAUACAUUUAGCUGUAGCAACACAAAUUGUGACGGCUUAGCUGGACAAAAAGCAGCAGGCAGUACAUUUGCCAUUGAGCACAAAAUUCCAGAAGAUGUCAGUAGAGUACUAGAAAAUAAAAUAGUUGAAAGCAUUUCAGGGCUGCAGUUUGUUAAUGUAUCCAUGGUAGAAAUGACAUUAUCCGGAGAAGAAUCUAACAGAGAAAACAUAAUUAGUAAAACUGUUGAGUCUAACUCUGAUCUCAUCUCUGGCGUUUAUGAAGGUGGAAUGAAGAUUUGGGAAUGUACUUUUGAUUUAGUAAGAUACCUUGAAGAUGAGGAUGUGGAUUUUCAAGGAAAGAGGGUUUUAGAUCUUGGCUGUGGAGCUGGUUUAUUGGGAAUAUUAGCUCUCAAACGAAAAGCCAAAGAAGUGCAUUUCCAAGACUACAACAGUACUGUGAUAGAAGAAAUAACCAUGCCCAAUGCACUUGUGAACUGUGAGAGAGAUGAUUCCAAUGAAUACAUUAUGGAAGAACCUGGUCGAAAAAGACAUAAAAAGUCAGAAAUCAAACCUGGGCUCUUAUCCAAAUGCCGGUUCUUCUCAGGGGAAUGGUCACAGUUUAGUAAGUUAAUGCAAAAUAAAAUGUCUCCAGUGAAAUAUGACACUAUACUUACGUCGGAGACCGUAUAUAAUCCUGCCUAUUAUGGUGCAUUGCAUGAUAUAUUUCAACAUUUAUUGGCAAAAAAUGGGAUUGUAUAUCUGGCUUCCAAGUCCCAUUAUUUCGGUGUCGGUGGGGGUGUGCAUCUGUUUGAGACAUUUAUCACAGAGAGGAACGUGUUCUGUACUAAAACUCUUCAAGUGUGUGAGGAGGGACUUCAGAGAAUGCUUAUUCGUCUGUCAUUCAAGAACGCUUCUUAAGCAUUAAGAAAAUGCAUUUUAGCUUUCAAAGAACGAAGUCUGAUAUCUUGCUGUCAGUGUGCUUUUUACUUGUUAUAUCUAAUAUUAAACAUAUGUGGCAGCAUAUGAGCGUUAUCAGUAGUGUUUGUUUGAUGGUGAAAUGUAGAUAGGGCUGGGGUGGCGGUAUAACUAUCCCUAUACGUCGUUUAAGUACAGAAGAAAUCUGGAGAAGUCAGUAGGAGAAGGGCAAGUAAUACCUUGACUUACAUCAGGCUUCUUUAAGGGGUUACUAACAUAUUCCUAUAAUGUAGAGCUUUGUCAGUAUCACAAGUAAAGGAAGGCCAAGUAUGCCCCCGCCAGCCCCCAUGAUCUUUGUAGUAGCCUGGCAUAUCUUUUACAUUUGAACUCCAGCCUAUAAAAAUGUAUCACUCCAGCCCAACAUGACUGACAAAAUGUUCUCCCUCUGCACAGUGAUGAUGGAGUUUGGCCGUAUCUGGAAGUGGCAUUUGAUACUAUGUUCCUAUUAAUUGUGGGAAUGUGUCAGUAUCAUUUUAAAAUUACGCCAGUCUCUUUAUCACUAACAUACUUUUUGGCACUUCAGCCAAGUAAACAAACGAAUUUACUAACAAAGGGAAAUCUGCACCUGGGUAGUAACCCGUAGCAAGAGCUUGUGAUUAGUUAUGCUUAGCCAACUUCAUCAAGAAUGGAAUAAAAUGUUAUUGGUUGCCAUGAGUUACUGCGCUAGGACAAAUUUGCCCACUAUUUGUAACUGAAGACCGAUGUGCAUGCUCCAUGCAGAUAAAAAGGGGUGAGGUGACAACGUUUUUUCUUAAAAUAUGUCAAAUAAGGGAAGAGGCAAUGUUCCCUCUAUUUUCUUCUUGGUUUUGGGUGUAAAAAAUUUAAUUGGUGUGCACUUAAAAAAAUCACGUGUGCACUUUAAAAAAAAAAUCUGGUCUCACUCAUGUAUGUGACAUGAGUGUAGAGCUUAGAUGCAACAUAGGAGGGUGUCUUCAGAAUUGCAGGUUUGUGUCCCUUUAGUUUCAUCAUGCAUCUACCUUUACAGUUCUCAAAUAACUUUGGAGUUUAGUGAAAACAACAUACAGGUAUAGGAUCUCUUAUCCAAAUUACGGAAAGAUCCCUUAUCAGAAAAGCCCAAGGUCCCGAGCAUUCUGGAUAACAGGUCCUAUACCUGUACUUUAUUUGGUAUACAAGUUCUUGCAAGUCAGCUCUUUAUUUUCCAUAGAAACAUUUCAUCUAUAAUUCAUUUGCAUCAAGAUACUCAGCUCCCAAAGUACUUGUCAUCCGGACCAUGACAUACUGGUUUGAUCUGCUGCAGUGGUUUAUGACCCCCUUUGCCCUUCUUUAUCUUAUUUGUCUGUCUCCACUUAAGCCAUAAAAAGGGCAGUACUACUGAAAAACUUCAAGAUGCCAGCUUGUAAUCUGUACGGUACCUCACCUCAACAGCUUUGGGCAAAAGUUGAAGGAGUGCUACUUUCUCUGGUACUAAGAGAUCCUGUUUACAGCAGGCAUCGUAACUAUAUAGCAAUCCCAACAUGUUAUUUGUAUUUAGUUUGGUAGAUUCAGUAUGUAUGGCAUGAUGGCAAGCAAACAAAACAUGAACAAUCCAUAGCAGAUGUCAGUUUACGAUGGAAUUGUUCCACAUAUUCAUACAGUUUCUCAAAAAUGGACACAGUUGUUGCAAGUAUUGAUGCUAUUCAUUAAAGGUACUUUCCCCUAAACACAAUCCCUGCAUUACACAUAUUGGCAGCCAAAGCCAUUGAGCCCUCCCUGUCUAUUUAGAUGAACUGCAUGAACUUGCCUGUGCUUGACACAAUAUUCUCCUUUCCAAAGGUGGUGCUGAUCUCAGGGUGUGCCCCACUAUAGGCUGCAUCAAUACAUGCAGCCAACAUGUACACCUAAAGAAUAAUGUGCUAAUGUCUUUUUGUGCAGUUGCGCUUGUAUAUAAACACAAAUCUGAUUCAGUUGUGCUGAAAAUUGCCAUCAUGGUGUCAUUUCUAGCACUCGCCCACAAAAUGACGGAACCCCCAUAGUGUUUACUUAGUUGACCAAUUUUGCAAAGUAUUAGCAAGUAAGUGAUAGCUAAAGCAUCUCAGAGACAGUCAAGAACCCAGUUGUCUAACUGGAACCUUAUCAUUCCUUACAUUCGUUGAUAAAUAUAGUUUUCGGUAUUGUAUAUCUCUGGCUUCAGACGUCUGCAAGGAAAUUGACUCUUACUGAACUAUUGUUUUUAAACAAAAGAUUAUUGUUUAAACUGACAUGAGACGAACUGGGAUAAAGCAGAAAGAGAAUAUAAGCGAGCAGCCGCUGUUCUGAGUUGUUAUCAAUUUCAUUCUGAAGGAAACCCGUAUAUUCAUGAAUUUUAAAAUCCAAAUCACACAAAUGAGUCCGUAAGCCACAGGGUGGUGCUGGUGUAUUAUGGUGUUAUCUUUGUUAAUAUUUUGUUAUGAUAUGUUUAAUAAAACAAAAUAAGACAGCUUUA